AUGGCAAACGAUAAAUCUAAACUAAAAGCUAUUGAAGACGCACUAAAUGUAGACAAAUCUAAAAUACCGAGACCGUAUAAAUGUCCGUUAUGUGACAGAGCAUUUUAUAGAUUAGAGCAUCAGACUAGACACAUACGUACUCACACGGGUGAGAAGCCUCAUCAAUGCACACACCCAGGCUGUCAGAAAAGAUUUAGUCGAUCGGAUGAAUUGACCAGGCAUUUACGUACGCAC